GUCGUGAUCCGGCGCCGACCAUUUUUAAAUCCGCGAAUCCCCGCUGCAGCAGGGAGACGGCCGAACUUGAUCACAUCGCAACCGCGCACGGAAGCAAAGACCAAUCACGACGCGCGCCAUGGCCCAGUGGUCGCUGCCACGGAGCUUGAUGAUGGACGACGAGGAAAUGGCCAAGAAGGACGACGAUCUGCCUAGAUCACGACACAACACUAGAGCAGCAAGUUGGCAGGCGAACAAGCCGCACGCGAUGAGAAGGAGCUCGGCCGGCCGAUUUGCUGUUUAUACGCUGUUCGUCGUCUUUCUAUUAUACAUCUACAGCCAGUAUCGCGGCGGCGGCGUCUACUACGAAGAUGGAGAGACACCGCUGCGAUCACCCGGACGAUUCAUGUCCCAGCAUCGCGGUGCUGGCUACGGCUUCGACGACUCGCUCGAUCUCAUCGAUGAUAGGAAACACGACAUGUCAAAAAAUAAACAAAAGCCCAAGGGCCAGGCCAAGGGCAAGCAAUCGGGGCAGGCCGCCGUCUCGGAACCUGCUUAUUUCACCGGCCCGAUCCAGUUUCCACGACUAGCAAUGUCGUUGCGAGCUUCUGGGAGCUCGGGUGGCAGAAAUCCACGCAACAGAAAUAUUCUAAUUGCCGCAUCUAGUUUGCGCGCAGUUGCCAAUGUCCUCCCCUUUGCUUGCCAGAUGGCGAGCGAUGACUUGAGCAGCAUACAUGUCGCCAUCAUGAGCCGGCACGAUGUACUUAUAAAAGAUUUACUUGCCAUUAAUGGUGUUACUGAAGAUUGUCAUAUCAGAGUACACGACGCGAGAGUCGAUCAUAAUGACGAAUCCUCCAACACUCGUCUUGCUGUAGCAUCUUUAAGAGCCUUUGACUAUCUGGCAACAUACGUACACCCACAGGUCGUUAUCGUGGACGGCUCCAUCUCUGAGGAAGGCUUUUUCGUCGAAUCAGCUAGAGAGCAGCUCAAGGCGGCGAAAAUACCUUUAAUAGAGCUACCAAGCCAAGCAUAUAAUACUCUCUCGUGGAUUUCCAAGCUGGAUGCCGUGGCCCUCUCAGCCUGGCACGACGUACAUUUUGAUAUUCUUAUUCAGGCACCAUUCACAGGUAGUGGUAAUCUUAUUCGUCUAUUGCGAUCUCUAGCGGCGGCAGACAUUGCUGGACACCCGAUGCCGCAUAUUACAAUCGACCUGCCCCCUACAGUCGAACCGGCGCUGGAGGAAUUCCUGGAUGGCUUUCAUUGGCCUCCGGCGUCGGCAAAGGCUCGCUCAUCACAUAUGCUGUCGCUACGCCACCGAAUUAACAAUAAAAAGCUUACCGAAGAAGAAAGCUUGGUUCGCUUCAUUGAAUCGUUUUGGCCUAAUAAGCCAGCUAAUAGCCAUAUUCUCAUACUAUCACCAAAUACCGAAGUUACACCAGACUUUUUCCAUUAUGUUCGAUAUGAACUCCUUCACAGACUCUACAGCGUCAGCGGCCAGUCGCGCAACGCGGAUGGCGGCCUCUUCGGACUCAGUCUGGCACAACCUCGCUUGGACCCUCACAGUGACAAGCCAUUUGUGCCCCCAACAUCUGACAGCAAAGAUGGAAAGCCGGCCGGGGACACUUCAUUCCUAUGGCAAAUGCCCGGCACUGAUGCCAUGCUCGUCUUUGGUGACAAAUGGGUUGAGCUUCAUGGGUACAUCUCACAACUUCAGGAUCAGAACCAUGGCAAGGAUCCAGCUUCGGGGCUACUCUCCAAGCAAACCACGGCAAAACAGCCAGCUUGGAUAGAACAUAUGGUUCAACUCUCUCGGCUGCGCGGGUAUUUGACGCUAUAUCCAAGCAAAGCAACAGCCUCAUCCAUCAUCACCGUGCAUGAUGAUUUAGUGGACGUACCUGAGGAGUUCUUGGACCGAGAGCAGCAGCCGAGGCCGCCAAAGCCUACCGAAUUAGCUAAAGAGGAUCAAAGACAACCGCUGAGCAACGUUGCCAUGAUCAAGACAUUGCCGAAAAACGGUGAGCUUGUACACUUACUUCACAUGCCAGUUGUAUCAUGGAAUGGCAAAGUGACAAGUCGAGAAGAUGUGCGAGUCCAGGCAAGGAGUCAGCUGCAAAAGUUCCGCAGCGAUGUUGGCGGCUGCGCAGCGCAUGAGGGCCCAGUCGCAAAGGAUAGGCUAGCGAGGGACUUGUUUUGUAAGGUUAAAUGA